AUGUCGUGGCCGUCGUGGGUGCUGAAUGAGGCGAAUCGGCAGCUUCAGCACCGCAUAGACCGCGACGCCGAUGAGCUCCGCAAGAAGACCGCGGAGACGGUGUCGCAGCGGGAGGUCGUUGCCCUGCUGCGGAAGAACUUGGCACAGGUGAAGCGCCACGUAGAGUCCCGAGAGCGAGCCGCCGCCGAGGCGCAGGAACAGCUGCGCUCCGAGGACGAUGAUGCACAGGCGCUGCAGCGGGAGGAGGCCCACCGCCGCGCGGAGCUCCAUACGCUGCAGCGGCGCCACGAGGAGCUGAGCGGGCUGGUGUCUAGCUCAGCAUCUGUGUUGCAGGCCAAAGCGAAUGCGCUGAAACAGGAGCAGGCCGCAGCAGAGGCGCUGGAAGAGGCGGCGCUGGAGCUAUCCGGUAUCCAGGCAUCGCGUAAGAACACACAGGAGACACAGAAGGAAGUGGAGCGACAGCGCCUGCGCGUGGAGAGGGUGCAGGAGUCACUGGCGAAGAUGCACGCGACGCUUCGCUCUGCGCAGACAGUGUUGCAGCUCGAGCAGGAGGAUCAUGCGCAGGUGCAGAGGGAACUGGCGGCGCUGCGACGGGAUAUCGAGCGAGGAAGGCAGGACAGGGCGGAGUCUUCCUUGACGGUGGCGCACCUGCAGCAGGCGAUCAUGGCAUGCGAGGCGCAAACGGCGACAAACGCGGAGGCUUACGCAAGCGGAGCGCUCGCGGUGAAGGCGCAACGUGACCUCUUGCAGCAACUCCAGCUGAAGCGCAACGAACUGCGGACACAGCUGCAGGUUGACACUAAGAGGCUCGACAGCCGCACAAGGCAACAAAGCAAUCUUACCGCCCAACUGCACGCUGCUUCUGCUGACGCACAUCGUCUGGAUGACGACACAGCAGCGCUGCGGCGACAGCUCGCCGCUCAGUGUGACGUAAAGCGGCAAUUGAAGCUUUCCUGCGACAACGCCUGCGCGCUUCGUGACGAGCGAUACGCGAGGCUGCAGCAGCUGCUCCUGCGCUCGAGAGAACUCGCAGAACUCAUGAGAGAGGCACAGAUGGACGACAAUGUUGCCAGAUCAACACGGCAUUUGGAGGGCAUGCGGGCCUCGCUGCUACACAAUCUCCAAUAUCUGGACGGACGGUGCGAACGCGUUCAGGCGGCGACCGUAACAUGCCUCUCUAGCCUCCUACAGGAGGGCCGUACCUCUGAGGAGUUGAACAAUAGCAUCACCAAAGUGAGGAAGAUGCUUGCAGCCGUUGAACGUGACAGUGUGACGCAGCGGCAGACACGCGAAAGGCAUCAGGACCACCUUAACGCUUUGGAGGCGCGGCUCCAAGCGAUGCAGCAGAGGUUGGAGCAGGCGCGCGGUGCCGCUCGGGAGUGGCAACAACACGAGCUAGCCAUCAUGGAGGAUAAAGUGCAGGAGUUGCAGGCACAACUUCGCCAGGCAACGCAGCAAGGAUUUUUCCUGCGCCGGGAAAUUACACCGCUGCAGUGCGCCCUGAACGCGCAGCAGAGGUUGUUGGACGGUGCAAAGGGAGGAUUGACCGCGUUGAAAGAGGCGGCUGCACACCGAGGGGCAGAGCUGCAAGGUCUGGAAGCAGAAGGCGCAUCUCUUUCGGAAGAGAAACAGGUGGCUCUUCUGCGCCACUCGGAGGCAGCGUUUCAGCUGCGCGCCUCCCGCCAAGUGGCGGAGUCGCACGUGGACUUAUUGCGCGGGGCGGCGAGCCUUGAGGACAUCAUCCGCGGGCAGGCGCUCGUGGCGGAGGAGGCGCUACUCGCGGACAUGAGAAACGCAGUAGUGGAGCUCCAUCUCGUGCGUAAGGCACAUACCGGGAAGCAGGCGGAGCUGCGGCGAUGCCAGGGCCAGUUGCAGCUACUGAAGUGCCGCUACCAAAGUGUCAUGGAGUCGAUGGGCCGCAGCCUCGCUGCGGCAGGGGGCUCUGACAAGGAUGAGCCACUCGUCACAUCCAGCAGCAGCACAACCCCGGAGGCCCUGCACGCGAGGUGCAUUCUUCAUUCUUCAAUGACGCGAGAGCAACUGCGUGAGCGGGGGAACCAACUUGACGCGCGCAUCGUCUUCCUCGAGCGGGAAACACGCACUCUGCGGAAGACGUUCCAAGCGUUACGGGCAGGCGGAGGAGGGUGCGGCGUCGCUGCUGCUACUGCUGCUGCUGGGCCGCUCGUGCAGUCGGCAGUGGGGCAAGAGGCGCUUCUGCUGCGCGAGGGUGUGGAGGGCAGCCGACGCGCAGUGCAUGCGGAAGUUUGCCGCAUGGAAGAAGUCAUACGCACGCUGCAGGCGCGUAGGCAGGACCUCACCCAUCGCCACAAGGAUGCCAUCCGACGGUUGGGUGAGCUGCGAGCACUUAAGACAAGCCGCGAGUCAGCUGUGCGGCGCCUGAGGGCACAACUGAAGCGAACGCAACAGAGCGGGGGGAAAAGGCUUCAGCAGUUCGGCAUGCGUGGUCAUUGA